GUCCAAUAUCCUGGCCAUCCCUCGUGUUGCCUAAUCUUGGUGUUCACAACACAGCGAUAUCCAAUUCAGCACCUGUCAGGUUACACUCUAAUCUCCAAACUGGAUUUCUUCCAAAUGAAGCAGCUGAAGCGAAAAAGGAAAAGCAAUUAUAGCGUCAAGGAAACACAGACACUAAUAAGGGAGAUCCGGAAAAGGAAAGAUGUACUUUUCUCUAAGCAACAGAACACAGCUAUUAACGAGCUGAAGAGAAGGGCUUGGGAUGAGGUUGCGGAUUGCGUGAACGCGUUGGGUGAAGGAGAGCUGCGGACUGCAGUGGAGGUGAAGAGGAGGUAUCUGGACUGGAGGGCACUGAUGAAAAGAAAGCAGGUGAGGGCUGAGCUGUCCCAAGUUAAGAAUGAAUACAACCUUUCGUCGCCGGAUAUAUAUAACUCCGUCAGCAGUGACCAGAGCGUGGACUUGAGUGGUUUUUCCAAGGAUUUGUCUUGUGAGUGGCAAGAUUUGUCCGAGUUUGGUGAGCCCAGCAGUCAGCCGUCGUCGAGUGUCAAGAUAGAAGAUGAUGAUCCUCAGAAUUACAAGCUUGAAGGAGAAGAAGAAGGGGAAGGAGAAGAAGGAGAGGGAGAGGGGGAUGAAGAAGAGGACGAGGACAGUUUCCCCACUGUCUUGCCCGUCAUCGAAAGAGAAGGCAGAAUUCCAGAAGUGUUUGCGCACAUAGAUGAGUUUGGGAUGCUCAGCGCCACCAAAGCAGCAACGAGAGACAUAGCCAGUGCCGAUGACGGGACCAACAUUCUCAUCACUCUGGAGAAACAGAGGCUGGACUUGGAGAAGCACCGGCUGAAUGUUGAGUCAGAGAGGCUGCAGGUGGAGAAGGAGCGACUGCAGAUCGAGAAGGAGAAGCUGAGGCGGAUAGACAUCGAGCACGAGAGGCUGCAGCUGGAGAAAGAGCGCUUGCAGAUUGAGAGGGAGAGGCUCCGGCUCCUCAUGUUCCAGUCCGAGAGGCCCUCGCUGGACUGCGAGCACAGCCAGACGGAGAGGAAACCCUGGCAACCCAUCGAUCUGGAGGGCGAAAAACUCAAACUGGAGAAGGAGCGUUUACAGCUGGAAAAGGAGCGGCUGCAGUUUUUUAAGUUUGAAUCUGGGAGGCUGCAAAUCGAAAAGGAGCGUCUGCAGGUGGAAAAGGAACGGUUGCAGCUCCACAAAGAUGGACAGCAGUUAGCACUUCAUCAGUCACGUUAGCUUUAGGUUAUAAUUUAUUAAUUUAUUUUUAAAUUUAGUUACUAUUAAUUGUAACACCAAUGUGCAUUAGAACCGGCAGCCAUUACAAGGAUCUGUUACAUUAAAUUCCAUAAUACAUGCUGUGAAUAGUCUUAUAUAAAAGUGAUUGUUUUCAGACAAAAGAUUAAAGUUGUACAGUGGCUUCUAUUGUACUACAGCUUAGAUAUAUUGUAGAUGCAACAUGUAGUAGGCCCUGUUUAUAAACCCAUGUUUUAUUAAACCAGUAAGGUUUGGUAUUCUUUCUUGAUAGUUUAUUUUUUUUUUGCAGUGUUUAUGUUUCCUGAUGCUCUAAGAAUAAAGGUUUUAUCAACAUUUUGAUUUCCAUGAGAACCGUGCUUACGAAACAUACUUCAGUUAAUCUUUAAAAUAUUGAGUAAAAUGCCAGUUGUGUGUAUACUUUUGUAUCUGUGAAGUGUGUACGAUCAGAAGCAGCAACACCAGGAUUUAAAACAUGUUCAGUGGGAAACCUUAAGGUUACUAUAUUGUAUAAAGCACAACUCUUGAGCUUAAUAAACAUUGCAUUUACCAUCUCCUUUAAGUGCUUGUGUGAAUAAGAUGGUAGAAAGUAUAUAUUUUUUAUUUUACUUGCACUGUGACCUACUUUAAGUGGUUGUUUUUUAGUGAGAAGCAAUCAAGUUCACAGAGCUACCCUUAACAUUGUACAGUAUUUUAAUUUUUUAUUUUUUUAUAACUUGCUACCUAUUGUGGCCUAUUGUAUCUUUGUAACUUCAUUUUAAAAUAAAACUGUGUUUGAUGGAUAUUUGUGGCCUAUUGUAUGUGUUCACUAUAGAAAAGUGUUGAUGGGCCAUUCAAUGAAAAUGGUACUUAAGUCCUCUAUAUCAGACUAAUUACAAGUGUUUGUGUUAAUGGGUCUAUCCUACUGUAAUAAACAUAAGUUUGCUUCUCAAAUGGUUUUGGGCUUGCCUGUAGUCUGAUAUUGAUGACUUAUCCAAAGUAAGUUUUAGAUUCUCAGCAAAAUCAGCAUCGUCGCUGGAGAAAUAUAACAUGUACAUGUUAAAACAGUUUUAUUUUAAAACGCAACUACAAAGAUGAAUUACUACAAUGGCGAAUCUCUCACUCAAGGAAUUUAGCAUUGAGAACUGGUGUGCAUGUCCAUAAAACAAAAAACAAAAAAACAUAUAAAAAAAUAAGCUUGUUUAAAAAAAAAAAAAUCCAGCUAGUUUCUCUAACCUCUCUUCACAAGCAGCUUUCUGAAUACAGGCAAAGAAAAAGUAAGCAGUGGGAAAUUAAACAAGCAACUUACAGUAACUUUUGGUGCUCAGAGAUUGUGGAGAAAUAAUUACUUUUACAAGUUAGUGGAUACCAUUUACCCUUGAAAUAUAUUUCAAAGAUAUUUUUCACAUGCUAUUACAUUGAAUAUUUGUGGGCUGCAAUAUUUUAUUACUGUAAUGCACAUGGCUAAAUUUACUUUCUAUCAUUUUAGCGGACAGUAUAUUUUACAUUUAUAUUUAUAUUUGACAGCAUAGUGUCCUCUAUGUUGUUGAUUUUUCUGCACCGGCAGAUACACACAUAUCUGUAUUUUGCAGUAUGUGUUUAUAAGUAACAAAAAGGUAACAAUAAGCACAUAAUUUGUAAAAUAAUAAUAAAAAAAUAAAGUAAAACACAUAAUACAAUAGCUGAAGUGUACAUUAUUUGUAAGCUAAGAUACUAUAACUAGGGUCAUUCCACUUCAUUUCGAUCUGUUUUCUAAAACCUUUCAGGUGUCUCUCAGAGCACUUUUAUUCAGGGGUUAAUUUGUGCCAGAUCCACUACCUUUUUGUCUGAUGGUGAAAAUUGUAGUUUUCAAAUGAUGAACUGUCUAAUUCAUGUAUGUACAAUAAAAAAUGCUUUCCUGUUGCGUGAUUUGAGUGACAAAAGUAUAGCCUACUAUAUAUAUUUUAGGAUGUAACAUCUAAUGAGUAAAAAAAAAAAAAAAAUCACAAAUCUUAUUACAACUGCAAAAAACAAAGCCAAAAAGAAUUUCAGCAGAUUAGUUAGCCCACCACUGUUAUUGUUCAAACCUGAAGAUGAUGU